CUCUUCUCUUUUCUCUUCUCUUUUCUCUUGCUUCCUUUUUUCUUUCAUUUUGUCAUUGAUAUAUACUUCUCAUAGCCAUCCAUUUACCGCCUCACACAAAGCCAUCCACUAUGACCGCCUUCACCGACGAUGACAAAACAGCCAUCAACACCAUCCGUGCACUUGCUGCUGACACUGUUUUCAAGGGCAAGUCAGGUCAUCCUGGUGCACCUAUGGGCCUAGCACCUUUAGGUCAUUUGCUAUUCACAAAGUCCAUGAACUAUAAUCCCAAGAACCCACUCUGGGCAAACCGUGACCGAUUCGUGUUAUCGAAUGGACAUGCCUGUGUACUGCAAUAUAUUUUACUGCAUUUGUCCGGAUAUCCAACUACAAUGGAUGAUCUCAAGAGCUUUCGUCAAUUGAACAGCAAAACACCUGGACAUCCCGAGUCCCAUAUAACUGUUGGUAUUGAGGUUACUACGGGUCCCCUAGGCCAAGGCUUCGCUAACUCAGUAGGCUUAGCCAUUGGGGAGGCCCACAUGGCUGCAAGAUUCAAUAAGCCGGACUUCGAACUGUUUAAUAACCACACCUUUGUUAUUUUGGGUGACGGAUGCAUGCAAGAGGGUAUUGCCAGCGAGGCUGCUUCCCUUGCUGGCCAUUUAAAAUUGGGGAAGCUCAUUGCAUUUUAUGAUGACAAUCACAUUUCGAUCGAUGGUGACACAAAUGUUGCCUUCACUGAGGAUGUCACUAAGCGCUUUGAAGCCUAUGGAUGGCACGUUCAGUCCAUUGAAGACGGUAACCAUGAUCUAGAAGGCAUUGCUCGUGCUAUUGAGGAGGCUAAGAAGGUCACCGAUAAACCUUCACUCAUCAGGGUCCGUACCAUCAUCGGUUUCGGCUCCUUAAAUCAAGGCACUGAAAAGGUCCAUGGCUCUCCUCUGAAGGAAGAUGAUAUCGCUCAGCUCAAGAAGGCCUUUGGCUUCAACCCAGAUGCUAAAUUUGAAGUCCCCAAGUCCACAUAUGACCUGUACCAUUCUAGAGCUGCUCAAGGCGAGAAGGCGAAUAAGGAAUGGGAGGAGCUCUUUGAGAAAUACCAGAAAGCUUAUCCAAAAGAAGCAGCAGAACUCAAGCGUCGUCUGGAUAACAAGUUGCCAGAGGACUGGGUCAAGGAGCUCCCUCGCUACACACCUGCAGACAAACCUACUGCCACUCGCAAGUUAUCUGAAGCUGUCCUCAACAAGAUUGCAGAUGUAUUGCCCGAGUUGCUUGUAGGAUCUGCAGAUCUGACAGGAUCCAAUCUCACCCGCUGGAAGGAUGCUGUAGACUUUCAGCCAGACGACUCCAACCUUGGCAGCUACUCUGGACGCUAUUUCCGUUAUGGAGUCCGUGAACAUGCCAUGGCUGGUGUUCUUAAUGGUUUGGAUGCCUAUGGUGGAAUAAUCCCAGCAGGAGCAACAUUCCUCAACUUCAUUACCUAUGCAUGGGGUUCAGUUCGUCUAUCUGCGUUGGCAGGUCAUCGCGUCAUUUACAUCAUGACUCACGACUCUAUCGGUCUCGGAGAGGAUGGCCCCACUCAUCAGCCAAUUGAGACCUUGGCCGCCAUCCGUGCCACGCCAAAUCUUAUCGACCUUCGCCCUGCGGAUGGUAACGAGACCUCUGGAGCAUAUCGCUUUGCCAUCGAGAAUCAGACUCGUCCAAGCGUGUUGGCAUUGACCCGUCAGGAUCUGCCCCAUCUAGAGGGCUCAUCGAUCGAGAAGACAUUGAAGGGAGGAUACGUAUUACAGGAGGUUGACGACGCUGAUGUGACACUUGUAGGAACAGGUUCUGAAGUCUCCCUGUGCGUUGAAACUGCGAAACUGUUGAAGGAACAAGGAAGUGUCAAAGCUCGCGUAGUCUCUAUGCCUUCGACUAAACUCUUUGACGCACAAUCGCAAGAGUAUAGAGCUUCAGUCCUAAAGGAUGGUAUCCCUAUAGUCUCGGUUGAAGCCGCGUCCACUUAUGGAUGGCAACGCUAUGCUCACGAGUCGAUUGGUAUUGACACAUUUGGAUCUUCAGGACCUUGGAAGGAGGUAUAUGCUCAUUUUGAGUUGGUUCCAGAUAAAGUCGCAGAAAAGGUUAAGAAAGUCGUUGCUUUCUACAAGAAGGAAGGAUUUGUGCCCUCACUCGUUCGCAGGUAUUUCCACUAAGCGGAUGUCUUUGCACGCCACUCUGCUGCAUCUCGCCUGUACCAUUUGAUUAAAAAUUAAAUAAAACAAAGCAAAUAUGAGCUUGAAGCGGUUUAUUAUACAAUUUUAUUAUUUUUAAUCUAUUUGUUUUCUUAAGGGAGCGAAGGACUAUACUCCCCACCAUGAGAGUAAACCCAAG